AUGAUGGAAUUCGAACUUGAUCCAACACUAUCAAAAGAAAUUGUGAUUAUUUCUCGACCUUAUUCGCCUCUUCGCUCCUCAUCAAAAUGGCGAACAUCAAGAGUCCCUUCAUCUUCAACAGAAUGAAAAAUCGAGCAUGAAUUUCUUUAUGGUGAAAAUUUCUUAACAAUUCACAGGCCUAAUGUAGAAGCUGCAGACUCCUACUCUUUUUCUCAGCUAGGUAAGCGAUUUGCCAUAAAGCAAAACGAGCAGCUUCUUUGAAGCACUUUCACAUUAUGGCAGCUUAUUAACCCACUCAAUUUACGAGCUAUAUCUCGUGUAGUUUAUUUAUCAUUAUUUGAAAAUCUUUAUCAAGCAUUUUUAGGAUCCCCAAAAAGUGAAUUUGCAAGAGACUAUGCUUUAAAUGAUACAAAUAUUGAUUUUCAAGACAGGCUUGGAAUAACUUUUUGUGAGUUUUAUGAUGGCUUGUUUGAGUGCUUAGAUACAGUUACGAAAAGUGGGCUUAUUAAUGAAUAUUUGAGGCUUGUAAAAUCAAUUUAUACAGACAUGUCUCAGGCUUCGUGGUUUACUGCAUUAAAUCUUUAUAGCAAGCUUCAUUUAAGUGAGUCACCAAGAACUGGAUAUAGUGGAUGGAUGAUUAGGAUUUUUAAAGAACACCAGAUUUUAAAUCAAAAUCUUAAGCUGCCUGAUUUAAUUCGUCCAAUGACGCCUGCUAAGUUUGUGGUGCCAAAAUUGUUAAAUAGAACUUUGCCAAAAAAGGACAAACUUGAAAGGGAAAACGAAAAGUUAAUUAAAAAAAUAGAAAAAAUAACCCAAAUUGCUAGCACGUCAAAGCUAAAAUCAAGGUCAAAAUCACCUUUAAGAGGUCAUCUGCAAGUUUUGAGAACUCAGCUAACAGACAGAUCAAGAAGAGAUGAGAAAAAAGAUUUGCAUCUUAAUAGAGUAAGUCCUUUAUCUGUUUUCCCAAAAAGAGGAGCUAAAGAAACUACAGUUGUAGAAGAUGUCAUUCAGCAUAGAAAAGAUAUGCUGAUGGAUUUUUUAAAUAAAUCUAGGGAAAGAUCUGAAACAGCUCAGCAUAUUUCAUUUAAUUAA